AUGAAAAACAACAGAAAGGCUGGGACCGAGGACUCCACGAAAUGGAUGUUAGAGAGCGUCGAGAUAGAUCCAAGUGGUGCGGGUUCGGUGAAACAACCGGAAAACAUAACCAAUAACAAUAAUCCCGAGAGUAGUACCGGUAGUGGUAAUGGUGGUGGGAUCUUGAGGAAUAUGUCUAAGAAUCUCGGGGUGGGAUCAAUGAUCAGAUCUAUGAGCGUGUCGAAAUGGAGAAAGAGCGGGAACCUCGGAUCCCCGAGCAGGAGAAAGAGUGGAAACUUGGGGCCUCCGCUACCUGUGGCCCAAGAAAAAAGACCAGGGCCACAAAGAGUUGAGAGGACUACAUCUAGCGCGGCUAGGGGACUACAAAGUCUCCGGUUCCUUGAUAGGACGGUCACUGGACGGGAACUAGAUUCAUGGAGAUCGAUCGAGAACCGGUUUAAUCAAUUCGCCGUUGACGGGCGGCUUCCCAAGGAAAAGUUCGGCGUUUGCAUUGGAAUGGGAGAUUCAUUGGAGUUUGCGGCAAAAGUAUACGAAGCAUUGGGUAGGAGAAGACAAAUAAACACAGAAAAUGGGGUUGACAAGGAACAACUCAAGCAUUUUUGGGAAGACAUGAUCAAGAAAGAUCUCGACUGUCGCCUCCAGAUCUUCUUCGACAUGUGUGACAAGGACGGAGACGGNUCAAGAUCUCUCCAAAAAUGCCUUCCAAUCUCACAAACUCUCACAAGAAUUCUGAAUCUUAAGAAGAAUGCAGCGUCUUAUGCUUCUUUGAUCAUGGAAGAACUUGACCCGGACCAAAACGGUUACAUUGAGAUGUGGCAACUCGAGGUGCUAUUAACAGGAAUGGUAUCAAACGCUUACUCAAAAAAGAUAGUGAGGAAUUCGCAACAGCUAACGCGAGCCAUGAUCCCAAAACGUUACAGAACAUCGACUAGUAAAUACGUUUCAGUAACCGCAGAGCUAAUGUACGAGAACUGGAAGAAGAUAUGGGUCGUCACAUUGUGGUUCGCAGUUAACAUCUUUCUCUUCGUGUGGAAAUACAAUGAGUUCACUACAAGCCCUCUUUACAACAUCACAGGCCGCUGCGUUUGCGCCGCCAAAGGAACGGCCGAAAUACUGAAACUAAACAUGGCUUUGAUCUUGGUCCCUGUUCUAAGAAGAACCCUAACGUUCCUCAGAUCAACUUUCUUGAGUCACCUGAUCCCAUUCGACGAUAACAUCAACUUCCACAAGCUGGUAGCGUUGGCGAUAGCGGUUAUUUCCUUGCUCCACACGGCACUACAUUUGCUUUGUAAUUACCCGAGGCUAAGCACUUGCCCUCAUGAUUUGUAUUCGAACUACGCGGGAAAUCUCUUGGGGGUCAAGCAACCUACCUAUUUUGGUCUAAUGCUGACCUCGGUUUCGGUCACAGGAGUUCUAAUGAUCGUCAUUAUGGGUAUCUCAUUUACGCUUGCUAUGCAUUACUUCAGAAGGAACAUAGUGAAACUGCGUAAACCAUUUAACCGUCUAGCUGGAUUUAAUUCGUUUUGGUAUGCUCACCAUUUGCUGGUUAUUGCUUAUGCUCUUCUUAUCAUCCAUGGUUACAUUCUUAUCAUCGAGAAGCCUUGGUACCAAAAGACGACAUGGAUGUACGUAGCCGUGCCAAUGGUUUUGUACGCGGGCGAGAGGCUUUUCUCGCGAGUUCAAGAACACAACCAUCGCGUCCACAUUAUCAAGGCAAUUGUAUAUUCAGGCAAUGUUCUUGCACUCUAUAUGACAAAACCUCAAGGGUUCAAGUACAAAAGUGGUAUGUACAUGUUUGUCAAGUGCCCUGAUAUCUCCAAAUUCGAAUGGCAUCCAUUCUCCGUCACUUCUGCACCCGGAGAUGAAUACUUGAGCGUUCACAUAAGAGCAUUAGGAGAUUGGACCUCUGAACUUAGGAACAGAUUUGCAGAAACAUGCGAGCCUCAUCAAUCAUCAAAACCUAGUCCAAAUAAUCUUAUUCGAAUGGAAACAAGAGCGAGAGGUGCAAAUCCUCUCAUUAAAGAAUCACAAGUCUUAUUUCCAAGAAUUUUUAUCAAGGGACCUUAUGGGGCUCCGGCACAAAACUAUCAGAAGUACGAUAUUCUUUUGUUAAUCGGGCUAGGGAUCGGGGCAACCCCAUUUAUAAGUAUCCUAAAAGACAUGUUGAACAAUCUCAAACCUGGAAUUCCCAAACCUGGGCAAAAGCAUGAAGGAAGUGUAGGAGGUGAAAGCGUAGGAGGUGCAAGCAUAGGAGGUGCAAGCAUAGGAGGUGCAAGCGUAGGAGGAGGUAGUGUAGGAGGAGGUAGUGUAAGUGGAGGUAAGAAGUUUCCACAAAGAGCAUAUUUUUAUUGGGUGACAAGAGAGCAAGCUUCUUUCGAAUGGUUCAAGGGAGUUAUGGAUGAUAUUGCAGUGUAUGACAAAACCAACGUGAUAGAGAUGCAUAACUACUUAACAAGUAUGUACGAAGCAGGAGAUGCAAGAUCUGCUCUAAUCGCUAUGGUCCAGAAACUUCAACAUGCCAAAAACGGUGUUGAUAUCGUCUCCGAGAGCCGAAUACGAACCCAUUUUGCAAGACCUAAUUGGAGGAAGGUUUUUUCUGAAUUGUCAAGCAAGCAUGAAACUUCUCGCAUAGGUGUGUUCUAUUGUGGAAGUCCCACGCUUGUUCGACCGCUAAAUUCACUUUGUCAAGAGUUCAGUCUAGAGUCGCCCACCCGAUUUACUUUUCACAAAGAGAAUUUCUAA